AUGCCACGUAAGCUACGUAAGAAUAUACGUAAGAGGAAGGGAGCAUUGAAACAUCCAAUAGUAAAACUGACACCACAACAACAGUUGCAACAACAAAUGAUGAAUGACCCCACUAUGUUGCAACAAAUGUCAAGCAACCCUAUGCUUUUAAACCGAGUUAUUGGUGCACAGAGUGGAGGUUUAAGAGCGGCACUUUUAGCGAAAAUGGCAGGCUAUGGUGGAGCUGCAGACGGAACAGCUUAUAACCCUCAAAGUCAAAUGAAUUUGAGUUCACUCAAAAAUCAAAUAACAGAUGUCAAAAAGUCAAACAUAGACAUACAGAAACAAAUAAGUGAAAACGAAAAGAAACUAGAAUAUGACAGACACACAAAGAAACUCAAUGAGUUAAACGUAGAGAAAAAGAAGAAAGAAGAACAACUGAAAGAACUAAGUACAGAGGAAUAUGCGAAAAAAGUGUCAGAAAAAGCAGCAGAAGUAGCAAAAAUGGAACAAGAUGUUAUAAAUUUGAAAAACCAUACUACUCAAUAUAAA